AAAAGUGUAUACUCCAAAAAAAAGACUCAAUUUUUACCAACCCUUUCAGCCUUUCUGAGCUCUGGACCUUUUCAAAAGGCUAAAAUGUUUUUACCCCAUUUGCCCUCGUGGUGGGUUCUUGCUCUUACCUUGUUUCUCUCUCAUGGUUCCGCUGCUUCAGCCUCUUUUUUGUUUAAUCUUUAUUACUCCGUAUCAUGUACUCUAAUUGUUUAAAUCUUAAAAUUUUUUGAACUUCUAGAAAUCUCCGGUUCUCUACUACUCUGAUGUGUUGGGUUGAACCUGUCUGUAAUUGUUGAAGGUUUAGGAUUUGUUUGGCUUGGGUUGAACCCAAAACUUCCAGUUUGUUGAUUCUCAAUGUUGAAUUAAAUAAUAACUUUUCAAACUAAGAUGGCGGCCCUUUGACUCUGACGUUUGGUAGAAAACUAAUUGUGAUGGGCUCUUUCAAGAUUGGAGGCUUUUGGGAAGUUUGCAUCAGUGUGAUUCGUUUUCCAAGAUUGUGACUUUUCUUUGUUGCAAAAUUGGCUUGUUUGGAAUUCUUCUGAGUUCAAACAUGGGGUUUUGUAGAUUUAUGCAGCUACACAUUUGUUCAGUUGUUUGAUUGAUAAGGGUCUCAAUUUUGGUAUUAAUUUGUUUAUUCUUUUGGUAUAAUUUGAUGACAAACUAGCACUCUAGCAGCACUUAGAAUUCACAAGGUCUGUUGAGGGAAGAUGGAGAAAAACAAGGGCGGGGACAGGAGGGAUCCUCUCACAGAAGACGUCCCUAGUCUGGGUUACUCAUUACCUCUGGAUCUUAACAGUUCUCCGGUGUCAAAUGGCCUUCAUAGGGCAGAUCCCAUUUAUACGAUUCCUCCGAGGAUGUCCCACAGUUCAGAGUCACAGGUGUCUGGCCUGCAGAAUGUUGAAUCUUCUUCUUGCUCGCCCUCAGCUUCCCCUUACCCUUCCCCACACGAGGGAAGGAGGCGAUCACGAGUGCUGACUUUCAACACGGUUGACAGCUCACACAGGAAAGCAUUGGAUUUGGAGAGGCAAGUUUUCCCCGAAUGUGUCGGGGUAUCAAAGGAAGAAAAGAAGAAGAUGAAAAAUAAGAGAUCGAGAGGUUGUUAUAGGUGUGGGAAAGGAAAGUGGGGAGCUAAAGAGUCGUGUUUGGUUUGUGAUGCGAGGUAUUGCUGCAAUUGUGUGCUUAGAGCUAUGGGGUCCAUGCCAGAGGGACGAAAAUGUGUGACUUGCAUUGGUGAAGCUAUUGAUGAGUCGAACCGGUCCAAACUGGGAAAGCAUUCAAGGGUGCUGUCGAGUUUGCUUAGUCCUUUGGAAGUUAAGCAAAUAAUGAAAGGGGAGAAAGAGUGCUUGGCUAAUCAACUUAGGCCGGAGCAGGUGAUUGUGAACGGAUUUCCUUUGAAACCAGAAGAGAUGGAAGAACUGUUUGGUUGCCCUUUACCUCCUAAGAAGUUGAAGCCUGGCAGGUAUUGGUAUGACAAAGAAUCUGGCCUUUGGGGAAAGGAGGGAAAGAAACCCAACAGACUAGUGAGUUCAAACAUGAAUUUUACAGGAAAGCUUAGUCCUCAUGCAAGCAAUGGAAACACACAGGUGUUCAUUAAUGGCAGAGAAAUUACAAAAGUUGAACUCAAAGUAUUGAAGCUUGCAAAUGUUCAAUGUCCUCGCGACACUCACUUUUGGGUAUAUGAUGAUGGCCGCUAUGAGGAGGAAGGACAAAAUAAUAUCCGAGGAAAUAUAUGGCAAAAAACUUCGGCACGCCUCUUCUGCUCCUUGUUUUCCUUGCCUGUACCCCAUGCUCAACCACGUGUCCAAAGGGAUGAACCAAGCACUUACAUCUCUGCCCCUAAUUUUGUGGAACGAAGAAGAGUUCAGAAGCUGCUUCUUCUUGGGCAGCAAGGAUCUGGAACUAGCACUAUUUUCAAACAGGCCAAAGUUUUGUAUGGGAACAAUUUCACUGUAGAGGAACUACAAGACAUUAAGCUCAUGAUUCAAAGAAACAUCUACAAGUAUCUAAGCAUUCUACUCGAUGGGCGGGAGCGAUUUGAGGAGGAGGCCUUGUCAAAUCUAAUGGAAGAAGGCGGUGAAGUGGACCCCAGUGGAGGUAAUCAGUGUUUGUAUUCGCUAAACCCAAGGUUGAAACACUUCUCUGAUUGGCUGUUAGAUAUCAUAGCCACCGGAGAUUUAGAUGCAUUUUUCCCGGCAGCGACCCGCGAAUAUGCUCCUCUAGUUGAAGAGGUGUGGAAGGAUCCUGCUGUACAGGAAACAUACAAGAGAAAAGACGAACUUCACUUCCUUCCGGACGUAGCAGGUUACUUCUUAAAUAAGGCGGUUGAGGUAUCAAGCAUAGAGUAUGAGCCAUCAGAGCAAGACAUACUCCUUGCAGAAGGGGUCACCCAAGGGAACGGCCUAUCUUUAAUGGAGUUCUCAUUGAAUGAUCACAGCCCAAUGUCUGACCUCUCCUACGCAGCCGACAACAAUCUUGAAGGCCCUCCCACAAGGUACCAACUCAUAAGGGUAAACGGGGACGGAAUGAACGAAGGGUGCAAGUGGUUAGAGAUGUUUGAAGAAGUAGACGCAGUAGUCUUUUGCGUUGCGCUGAGUGACUACGAUCAAGUGUGGUGGGCCCCGCCGAACAAAGCCGGCGGGAUCCCACUCCAUAACAAGAUGAUCCAAAGCAAAGAACUGUUUGAAAUGAUGAUAAAGCACCCUGCUUUCAAAGACACUCCCUUCGUCUUGGUCCUCAACAAGUACGAUCUCUUCGAGGAGAAGGUCAAGAAGGUGGGGUUGAGUAACUGCAUUUGGUUCUCGGAUUUCAGCACCGCGUACACUCAUCAUAACAACCAAACGCUCGCAACCCAAGCCUACUACUACAUUGCGAUGAAGUUCAAAGACGUGUACUCUUCCCUCACGGGAGGGAGGAAGUUGUUUGUGUGGCAAUCUCAAGCAAGAGAGAGAGUGACGGUCGACGAGGUGUUCAAGUAUAUAAGGGAGGUUUUGAAGUGGGAUGAGGAGAAGGGAGGGAAUGCUUAUGGGGGUGGUGGAGUCGAGGAUUCAUUCUACAGCACAACGGAGGUUAGCUCUAUUCCAUUUAUUAUCGCGCAAUAGUGAAGAUGAAAAUAGAAAUGAUUCAAAGUUCUUUGUUUUAAACCCAACAUUGUGCAUGUGUUUCUUUAGAAAAGAAUAAUUGUAUAGGGCUAUAGAUGUCUUGCCAAGGAUCUAUAGUGUGACCUUAGCAAGGCAUUGUAGCUCUUGUGAUGUAAUGUUGUGUCUAAUAAAAAUUGUGAUUGUGGUUGAAGGGUUUAGUUAAAUCGGGUUAAUGGUUGCGAUCUAUCUCAACUAAAAGCUUACUCCAAGCGACGCACUCUAACUGAAAGUUUAGGUGUUUCGUCGAACCAAACACACCCUUAUAUUUACCAAACACCUAAGUCCUUGGGAUUAAACAAAUGUUGACAUAGAUCAGAACCAGCUUUUGAUUUGAUUUAACUCAACCAUUCAUUCCAUAAAAGCCAGUUUGAUUC